GAAAAACAAAUAAUUUUUGAUAAUUUUGUGUUAAAAAAUUUUUUAAAAUGAUUUUUAAUCAAAUUUUAAGGAUUUUUCCACGAAAUUUCGUUCAAAUUAGGGAAAAAUAUUCAACCACAAGCUCAAAGCCGGAUGCUCGUCAAGCGGAAUUAAUGGCAAAAUCCCUUCCCAAACGAGCCCUCUUACCUCACGUUCAAGACAUCGUCAUUGUCGCCAGUGGCAAAGGCGGCGUCGGUAAAAGUACUUGUGCUGCAAAUCUCGCUGUUUCUCUCGCAGCACAGGGAAAAUCCGUUGGAUUACUCGAUGCCGACAUUUUCGGACCCUCGAUCCCGUUAAUGAUGAAUUUGAGUGAAACUCCGCUCGUGGAUGACAAAAAUUUAAUGAUUCCCCCACUGAAUUACGGCGUAAAAUGCAUUUCGAUGGGCUUACUCGUGAAUCAGGGACCUGUCGUGUGGCGAGGACCUCUUGUGAUGUCCGCCCUUCAACGUUUACUCAAAGGCACGAAUUGGGGCCCAUCGUUAGAUGUGCUAAUAGUCGAUACUCCGCCAGGUACGGGCGACGUUCAUCUCUCGUUGCACCAAAAUGUGCCAGUUUCGGGAGUUGUUCUGGUCAGUACUCCCCAAACCGCAGCUCUGGAAGUCACGCAUCGCGGCGCGGAAAUGUAUAAAACGCUAAAAGUGCCGAUAAUUGGUCUCGUGGAGAACAUGAGUCAUGCCGUUUGUGAUAAUUGUCAGCAUCGAGUGUCGCUUUUUGGAGCAAAAACACAAAAAUUCGCGGAAAAUAACAAAAUUAACAUUUUAGCGUCGAUCCCAUUGGAGAAAGAUGUCAUGGAAUGUUCGGAUUUAGGGACUCCUGUCUCUUUAAAGCUCCCAGAAUCGCACGCCGCCAAGGAAUAUCAAAGCCUAAGUCAUAAAGUGAUAGAAUUUUUAACGAAUCAACCGCCAAAAAUUAAUUAA